AUGUCCGAGAAGGCGCAGCUCAUCGCGUCUGCCCCUGCAAGGGUGCAGCCAGACCCGAUGCACCGCCACCCCAAACGUCAAGCUAUAGGAAGGCUGUUCGCCAUCGCCGCGACAGCUUCUAUUGUUCUCUAUGGCCUUCCACAAGUGGGUUACGAGCCUACUGCCGUUUUCGAGGAUGAAAGUGAGCUAUGCUUAACCCCAGCCUGUGUGCAUGCGGCGUCCGAAAUUCUUUACAACCUCUCUCCUCAAUACAAAGAGCUUGACCCAUGCGAUGACUUUGAGGAGCUUGUAUGUGGCGGCUGGAGAGAUCGCCAUGACCUCCGCGCAGACCAAGGUGAUGCCUUCACGGGGACCAUCAUGUCCGAAAACUCGCAGAUGCUGCUUCGCCACAUUCUUGAGGCGCCAUACCCGAAGGAUUCUCAACACUCUUACUUUUCACCCAUGCAACUAAAGACAGUUGCGAAGUCAGCGGAUGAGAAGAACUUCGACAAGAUGAAAGCUGCAUACGACGCUUGUCUUAAUGAAGACAAGAUCAAGAGCAUCGGCGCUGAGCCACUCAUGAAGGUCUUAGAUGAGAUCAAGAAUACAUACCCAGCUGCCGCAACCGACUCCGAGCAGUCGAUCAAGGACGCAAUCCUUCUUUUGGCCAAGUAUGGCGUAACAGCUCUUGUUACAGCUGGUACUGGCGCCGAUGACACUGACCCGGACACUGUUGUCGUGUCUGUUAGUGCACCUUACAGCUUUGGCCUGCCAUCGAAGGAACGCUACGAGGACGAGAAGCUAGUUGAGCAGUAUCGCAAGAUGACCAUCGAAGUAUUGAGCGCUCUAUACCCAGAUCAAAACAAGAAUACCUUUUCGGGUAUCAUCGAUCUUGAAAAGAAGCUUGCAGCUGCAUCUCCGAGCGAAGAAGACCGUGAGGACGUUACAAAGUACUACAACCCUAUGCUCAUUGAUGAAGCGGCUGCAAUUGCUCCAGAAAUCGAACUCAAGGCAUUCCUUGCCGGCCAAGCUCCCAAGGAUACUAAGAUUGAGCGCGUCAUUGUAAUGACUCCAAAGUACCUCAAGGAUCUGUCAACCAUUCUCGCUGCUACACCUGCGGAUGUACUACAGAGCUACUUCCUCUGGAAGGCCGUACAGUCCUUCUCCUUUUAUGUUGACGCGGACGCUGUCAAGCCCUACCGCCGCUUUGUCAACAUGCUCGCUGGCAAGGAUCCCGAUUCUGCCCCCGAGCGAUGGCGCAGCUGUGUCAGACACGUAGACGGCGGCCUAGGAUGGAUUUUGAGCCGUUUCUUUGUCGAAAAGGCGUUCUCGGCUGAAGCGAAAACCUUUGGUGAUACCAUUAUCACGGAUAUCAAAACGGAGUUCGCAAAGAAGCUGAACGCUGCUGAAUGGAUGGAUGAUAAUACGACGAGGAAGGCUGUUGAGAAGGUCCACAACAUUGUCCAGAAGAUUGGAUACCCCACCAAAAGCCCCGAUAUCAUGGAUCCCCCUACACUCGAGAGCCACUACGAGCCUGUUAAUAUCUCUUCGGAUGCGUUCUUUGCCAAUGCGCUCGCAAUGCGCCGCUUCUCAGUUAAAGAUGAAUGGUCCGCUCUCGGCAAGCCUGUCGAUCGUGAUCAGUGGGGAAUGACUGUCCCAACAGUGAACGCAUACUACAACCCUCCUGGAAACGAGAUCGUCUUCCCCGCGGGUAUCAUGCAGUUUCCCGUUUUCGACGUCAACGUCCCUGCCUACAUGUCAUACGGCGCUUUUGGCUCCGUCGCCGGUCACGAGCUUAGCCACGCGUUCGACAGCACCGGUCGACACUACGACCAGAACGGUAACUACACAGACUGGUGGUCGAAGGGUACGAUCGACGCCUUCAAGAAGAAGACCGAAUGUUUUGUCGAACAGUACUCCAAUUUCACAGUUCCAGGCCCAGAUGACAAGCCACUGCACGUUAACGGACGCCUCACACUUGGCGAGAACAUUGCCGACGCAGGCGGUCUAUCGGCUUCUUUCCAAGCCUGGAAGCGUCGGUCAGGCGAGACGCGCAACAAGAACCUUCCAGGCCUUGACCACUUUACCCAAGAGCAAAUGUUCUUUGUCAACUACGGCAACUGGUGGUGCGGUAAGACACGGAAGGAUACGGCGAUUAACUGGAUCUACACGGACCCGCACGCACCAAAGUGGGCAAGAAUUCUGGGUACGAUGGCAAACUCCCGGGAGUUUAGGGAAAGCUUCCAGUGCAAGGUCAAAGAGCCAACUUGUCAGCUUUGGUAAGCGGCAAAGGGCGAGCAUAUUAGAGAGCUAGCUGUACAGUGCUGGCGGACUGGGUAACCUAGCCCCCCUGAACCAUCCUUGUUACCAAGAAUCGAUCGCUUCCCUUUCCUUUGAGUGUUCCUUGUACAAUAAUCGCAUUCUUAUAAGUAUUCAUGAAAUCAAAAUGGUGAUAUGA